AUGGCCGCAACUCCCAUGGACGAGCUUCGAGGGCGCAUACAAGGCUUGCCCCAGGAACUUUACGACAUGAUUCGCGACUUCACCCUCACCCUCGACACAUCAGAGAAUGGCAACAUCACGAUCAACCGAGACUACAAACCACCAGUACAGCUCCAGAUCGACAGCGCCACUCGCAACAAGAUCGCCCAGGAGUAUUACGCGAACACCACCUUCACCUUCUUCAAACUCCACGACGGUGAAGCUCUCUGCAUCAAAUGGCUCGACAGCCUCUCACCAGAAGCUCGCACCUCCUUGAGAGAAGUACGUCUCGAGGCUCCACAACCAAAGCGCUUGUCGGUGUACGAUGGCCAGCCAGAAGGCCAGCUCUACCUGCUGCUCUUGUCUCUCACGCAGCACAACAUGUACAUGUCAGGCCAGAGCAAGACUGUCGCCAGGGCCCUACUGCAAAAGAUCCUGCACACCAACAUCCAGCGUGAGCGUCGCAAUGGACAGCUGGAGGUGAUGUGGCUCACUUCUGGGAAUCGGCACCUGAGAAGAAUCAUGGUGGAGGAUGCAGAUCGCCCGGCUGGGAUUGCUGUACUGGAAGGUGAGAAGCUGGGUGGAUCGUCUGGACUCUUGGUCGCCGUCAAGACCUUGGGAAAUCGGCUAAUCUUGGGGGCGCAGACAGUCUGCGACACUCGAUGGGAAUAG